GUCUAUAUACCUGUAUACGGAGAUUUGAGGACUUCGAUAUGUUUUCUGGUUCAAUCAAUUGCAAGCUAUUAUUAAUUCAAUAAUCGGAAUUUUCUCGAAACAAGUAAUAAAUUUUAUUGUAGAAAGUUGUAUAAGCCAGAAUGCAGUAAUGCUGCUGUAUGCUAAUAACACUGUUGUUUCCAUUUUUCAGGUAGUUUUUAGCAAUUGAUUUUAAGCGUUUCAGUUUGAAUUUGUAAUGCUUGAGAUAUAUUAGGUGGUAAUAUGGAAGGACUUGAUGAGAAUUCUGCAAUGUCUAUAACAUUGGAUAAUCCUGUCACUUCUUCUGCUGAGAAGCCACAGGAUUUAGAGACUGCUAUGGCUGAUUUGAGGAUAGAUUUGCAAGUUGCGAAUUCAAAACUAGAUGAAGUUGUCUCAGAAAAUGAACAGUUACGAAUGAAAUUGGAAGAGCAAGAUGUGUUUGAAAUGACAGAAGUCAAAAAUCUUAUUGCCGAUUAUGAAAAUCAGAUAAAAGCCCUAAAGCAGGGAAUGACCUCGUCUGGCCAAUCCAAUCUUUUGCAGAAAGUCGAAGAAGUUUCAAAACUAAAACAAAAAAACAAUAUAUUAUCUUGUACAAAUGCACAGUUAUUUAGGCAAUUUGAAUCAGCAGAAAAAGAGAGACAAAGAUUGGAGAAUGAAUUGAUGGUGCUGAAUAAUACUUCAAGGUUGGUUUCCGAAAGAGAAAAGACUUUCGAACAACAGCAAGAGAUUUGCCAGUCUGGUUCUGGCGAAAAUAUUUCUGAAACUGAAAACAAAAAAGAAUGUGAAUCUUGCAAAGAAAAAACUGAAUAUAUUUUGGAGUUGAAACACUACUUAUCUCAAUAUUAUGAAUUAGUCAUAAAAAAUCAAACGAAAGCACAGGAAUUUGAAAAGAAAAAUGCGUUUCUUGAAGAAAACACUAGGAAGCUUACAGAGCAAAUGCAGGCUAUUGUUGAAGAACGAGACAAAUUACAAUUAAUGCUCAGAGUUAAAAAUCAAGAAUCUCGAAGCUUCGUAUCUGUUCAACCUUCUACAAGUACCCAAGAAUAUCAAAGUCCUGCUGGAGGGUAUGAUAUGGAGAAAUUUGAGCAUUACAAAAGUUUGGUGAUAGAGUUUAAAGAUAAAUGUAGAGAUUUGGAACACAAAUUAUCUGAAAGAGAAGAUCAUAUUCUUGAGCAGGAAGCGAAAAUGCAAAAAAUGAUGAUAAAUAUUUCUGAUAUACAAAAAGAAAGAGAUGCUGCAAGAUCAUUAAUAAUAUCAAAUGAACAUUCACAAGCCCAGACUCAUGAACUUCAUUGUCUUCGUCAAGGCAUUCAGGAGAAAGAAAAAUAUAUAUCUGAAUUGGAAAAUAUAAAUAAUACCUUGAAAUCUCAGCUUGACACCUUUCAAAAUGAUACCAAAUCUGGGGAGAAUAGUUUGUAUGAGGAACAGAUUAAAGCUUUUCAAGAUGACUAUUUUGCUGAGCGAGAGGAAAAGCAAAGAAUCAUAGAAGAGAAGGAACGUUUGAGAAGAGAAAAUGAAAAUAUGAGAUUAGAAUUAGGUAAUCGUUCCAGCACUGUACCUGCACAGAAUCCAACAUAUGAAGCCACCCUGCGAUCACCCCCGCCGUCUGGGGUGCAUCAGUCCAAUCGUAUUCAUCAUCAAAAUUCUGCCACUUCUCUGGAGUCUGUUCCACCAAGUCUGCCAAAUGCUGGAAACAGCCACCAAGUUAUAGACUAUACUCAAAUGCGCCCUAGCCUAAUCACACACCCUUCACAUGGGACUAUUCCCAACUCAGGCAUGCCAAUAUAUCAUGCCAGUCAGUCCUAUCCAGGUUAUGGUCCGAAUACAAUCCCUCCUAGAGGUCAGCCAACGUAUUAUCUUCAGUCACCUCCGACAGACCAACCCCCUUAUUAUAUGUCACCACAACCAAGCUUCCCACCAAAUGACCAAAUGGUUGGUUACCCAAACGUUUAUGGUAGCCAGACCAAUGCCAGGCAGAUGCAACAAGGCACUGGUCCAUCUCCCAAUAACACACAAAACAGACAAACGCCAAGAUAGAUAGAUGCUAUGGUAUUUUUUAAAAGAUUUCUUCAUUUUUACCUGACAUAUAAUAUACUCUUGGGGAUUUGCAGGUUGCAUACGUAUGCCCGGAAAUUUCAAAUGUGUAUUGAAGGUCCUUAUAUUUUUAUAAUAUUAUUGGUUGAACUACACAGCAAUUUACUAAUAGCUAUUUAUGAUAAGGGAGAUUUCCCAAAGAUUAAACGUUGGCAUCAGUAUGGUUGAGUUUAAAUGCGAUUAUUUUUAACUAAUUGUGCUUGAUUAAAGUUUAUUGUUUAUGGAAAAAUUGUGAAUAGUAGCAAUUGUCACCACUCUAUAAGGAGAAAGGCAUCUAAAUUGAACUAACAAUUCCAAUGUAUAACUUGUUUUGAAUAUCUUUUACGGGUUUCCUAAUUGUAUUGGUAAUGUAAUGAACCUUUUACUCAAAAACUUUUUUAUAUUCUUAUUUUAAUAAAUGAAAUCAUUUUAACGAAAAAUAAAAUACUCCUUUUUUAUCUAUGGCCAACUUCAGGCAGCAUCUUUGUUAAAGCACUUUUAAUGCUAAAAUAACCACAUUAAUUUUUGAAUCAUGUUAAUUUUAUAAGUUUAUAUGAACCUGUCCCAUUUUUUUUUUUCAUUUUUUACAUCACAAAGGUUCUUUAACUAUCUGAAGCUACAAGAUUAGCUGAUGUCUCAUGUUUUAUAUAAUUAGAGGUAGUCAAGAAUAGAUGUUCGAAUUACCUGUGCAAAAUAAUUCUUGAACAUUGAAAUUUGCAAAAAUGAAUAUUCAUGCUAUAAGCUUUGUUUUGUUCUGUAGCACAGUAAUAAUGUAUCUAAUCAUAUUGAUGAAAUGUAUUUUCAUAACAAACAUCACAACUUUUUUCAGUCCUUCUAAAAAAUUCUGUGAUACUCUGAUAAGUUUUUGAAAAUAUGUUACAAAUUUAUUGUCUUUAUUGAUACAUGCUUAUGUUCCAGGUCAAGGAGCAUUAUAUGCAUUGCAUCACUUUGCAUCUACGAGACAUCUCAUCUAUGCAAAUUUUUUUUUUAAAUUGAGGCCUGUAAUCUGUUCCCUGCGGUCAUCAAUAUUUUUUGAUAUUGCCUCCUCAUAAUGUUUGUUUUGUUCUGUAUAUUGAACCAAAUUCAUCAUGCUCAAAUAAGGUUGAGAAUUUUUUUGAAAUUGAGGCCUGUAAUCUGUUCCCUGCAGUCAUCUAUAUUUUUAGAUAUUGCCUUCUCAUGUUUCUUUUGUUCAGUGUAUUGGACUAAAUUCAUCAUGCCCAAUUAACCUUGUUAUGUUUCAACUGUAUAAUCCAUGUGGUAAUUUUUUUCAGCCUCGUUUUUCUUCAAUAUUGGAAUUGUACAUAAUUUGUAUAUAUAGGUACUUGCUAUAAAUGUCUGAACCAUG